AUGAGGCCGGGCAGGGCCGUUCUUCAAGGGGCGCUGCUUUCCUUUCUAGCGGUGGCCAUCAGAGAUGGAUUGAAGUCUGAAAGCCUCACCGUGGACACCGAAGGUCGUUUGGAUGGACCCCAUUGCGAGUGGCGAGGCAUCACGUGUUUUGACCCGUGCGUAGUAAGGUAUUUGGAAUGUGAGACGUGCGGUGGCCGGCUGCCAGAGCGCAUCAACUUGAGCGGCCUUCGCAACGUAGAGUUGACCUCGCCUAAGCUGACCGGGGACAUCAAGGCUUUUGAGGAGAUACCAAACCUCGUGAAUUUGUCUCUCCACGGCACCCGGAUCCAUGGGAACCUCAGCGCCUUGGCGAAUCUGCAGCUCCAGUUCCUGGACCUCAGCGGCACCGCAGUGACGGGGGAUUUCAACACGCUGACCCGGUUCCAAGGUCUCAAGGUGGCGGAUUUGUCGCACACUGCGGUGACCGGUCGGAUGACAAACGAAUGGAGAGGGAAGUUGAAACGUCUCGAGAUAUUGAAGCUGCAAAACACCUCUGUGCAAUUCGCUCCACAGGGAGAGGAACUCCAGAAGCUGAAGGUGUAUGAGACUCGACAACGACCUCUACUUGCGUUGAAGGAGUUGGACCUCAGUCCGGUGAACAGCCCGGUGGAGAACUUGAUGCUGCCGCUGGCCACAUGUCCACAACUCACCUCCAUCCAAGCCGGUGGUGCUGGCAUUUACGGUGAAAUUCCAAAGCUGACAGACAUGGAAUUCAUGGUGGAUGGCGAGAUUGUUUCGAACAUCACCUUCCCUUUGGCAAAAUGUUUGGUAACGUUUGACCUCUCCGCAAACAACGUGACUGGAAUGCAUGAACUGCCAGUGCAGCGUCUCAUGUUGCUGCGGGAGAAUCAUCAGCUGAAUGUCGACGUGAAGGUGCUUACGCAGGCCUUGAGCAAACACAAGUUCCUGGACCUGUCAGGCACCGCACUGAGCAACCAAGACGAAGCAGCAGAGCUCUUGAAAGAAGGAGUGAUUAAGACAACGGACAUGCAUACCUUCAGAGACGAGACUGCGGGCUAUGCUUGCAAAGAUGUGAUAGGCACCCUGAAGGUGACACCAAGCAAGUUCUUGCCACAGGAGCUUUGCAAGUGCUUACCUGGAUGGUUCAGAAGCGGAGCAACAUGCGAGAUGUGUCCAUCCAACCAGUUCAGUGACGAUCUAGGCUUUGACACUUGCAAAAGCUGCCCUGCAAACAGCACAGCACCUGCAGGAUCCACAAAGAUGUCAGAGUGCAAAUGCAAAUUUGGAGAUCUCCAUGAAGGUAUUUGUGCUUGUGACCCGCACCACGCCUUGCACAAAAGGGCGACUGUGUUCUUUGCACCAAACUUCACCUGCAGUGCGAGACGCCUGGAAGUCUGGCAUCGACCGCCGUGCCAGACAAGGACUACACUCGCUUGGAACCGAGCGCUGAUGAGGCGCAUAGGUGUCUCCCACCGGCUGUAUCAGAUCGGUGUCCUGGCAGCCACCAGUGCGGCCCGGGCUACAAUGGAACUCUUUGCUCAAGCUGUGCAGAAGGGUUUUGGGCCACAAGAGGCAAGUGUGAGCGACUUGGAAUUGAGGCCAUGUGCCGAAGCAAGUUCGACCUCAAUUGCAUCCCUUGUGCUUUUGGGAGUUGCAGCCCUGCUGGCAGCAGCCUUCCUGUUCUACCGCCGAAUCUAUGGUCAACAAGUGCCAGAAGCGGCUAGUGUAAAGACUUUGCUCCAAAAGCUGCUGUGUCGGCAAGGCCCGGUGGUGCUUCAGCUGGUGCAGCUGUGGAGUGUUCUCAGCCGGUUACGGCAACAAAGCUCAUCCAGCGCCAAGGGCCUUCCGGAGAUUCCAUAUUUGGAAUUUCUGCAGUUGACCGCCACCGAACUGCAGAGUUCCCUGAAUGUGGAGUGUUCUUUUCAUGCAGAGACGGUUCGCACAGUGGCUGCUAUCAGUUCUCCGCUGGCGCCAUUGCUUUUGCUUGGGUGUUGCGCUGCCUUGGAGCUUUACCGAGCUGGCUCCGGCGUCAACAUGGCAUUGACGACGCUCACGUUCCUAUACAUUGGUGGUGCUUCGAGCACAGCACAGCUGUUCAGUUGUCAGUCAGAGGAUGGAGAUGGCGCAAGCCUCGGAACAUUUGCUUUUCGCAAAGCUGUUCGGCACUUGAGCUGCUUUCAGAGAGAUGGCGUGGCUUUCUGGGUUGACGUGGUUGCCUACAGCACUGCUGUGGCAUAUGUUGUUAUCAUUCCGCUCUUCCUCGUUGGCCUCAUGCUGCGACAGCACUUCGCCCUUCAGGAUGCUCGACUCUUUACUGCCUGUGCUGAGAGGAAACCCCCACAUACCACUCUGCACCUGGAGAUGUUGGACGACCAGCUUUCCAAAGAAGCGUUUCCAAAACGUUUACUCGCAGCCGUAGCAGCCCACAUGGCAGUGCAUUGCCGCGGCGCCAGACGGGUCCAGCUGCUUGAGAAGUCGGCCACCAUCAUAACAAUUUCGGAUAACCAAGAGGAAGAGUGGUGGCCGAUGCAACAGCAUCCAGAAACAUCGAUGUGCUGA